AUGUCAUCAUUUUUAUCAACAACAGCAAUCUCUCCAAGACCAACAGAUAGAAAGAGUACAGGCCAACAACAACAAGACCCAUUUGACUCUAGAAUCGAAUCAUUUCUAAUGUAUAAACAAAUUCUUUGUGCACUUUUCCUGCAACCAAAUGCAAUUCCUGUUCAUCUAUCCGAACCAUUUAAUAUCAAUGUAGAAUAUAUCCGUCUAUCUUCUAAUUUCAACGAAUUGGAAUUAUUAGAUAAAAAUCAUGUAACACUCGAGAAAAUUAAAAUAUCAUCAAUACAAAAUGUUGAAAUUGUAAAUAAUAGUAAUAGUAAUAGUAAUCUAAGUUUGAGUGGUAGUCAUGGAUCGUUAGGGUCAUCAGUUGGUAGUUUGACACCACCAUCUUCACCACUACUCGCUAGAAGUACAUCGUCUAAUGGACUUGGACUUGGACUUGUAUCGGGAUCAUCAUCACCGUCAUCCAAUUCUUCCAAAGCGGCUGCUUUACUUGGACUGGAUGGCCCUGCACCACAGUCAUCACUACCACACCAGGCACCACCGGGCAACAGCAAGGCUGCUCAAUUAUUGGGUCUUGAUUCAGACUCGUCUUCGGGUAGUGGCCCACAAACACCACAACCCAACAAAAAGAAUAGUUUGCUUGGAUCGUCCAUGUCUAAUUCACCAAAGUUUGGUCUACUUGCACGUUCAGCCAGUAAUAAUCUAUUAAGAGAUAAUUCUAGAGAGGAUAAGUCUAGUAGUCCAACUUCAAUACCAACAUCACCACUUGCAAUGAGUAUGGGUGGUGGUGGUAGUGCACCCAUCUCCAUGUCACCAUCUACUUCAUCACCACUCUCUUUGUCACUUGGGUCUUCGGCUGGUGGUAGUGGAGGUGGAUCACUUUCAUCUUCACCUGCAGGUAGUUCAUUUAGCCUUGGUGGUAUGAAUUCAUCGACUCAUUAUUCUUUUACCUUUUCCAUCACUACCAAAGAAACCAACUUUUCUUUAAAUGCUCGUGAAAAGGAGGAUUCUCAAGCACUUGUAGACGGUAUUAAAUUGUUGGCUUUAGGUCGUCCCCAUCUAGAGUCAUCCCAAAUCACCCUUGACUCACUUGCCGAUGCAUUAGAUACUGCCUAUAAAUGUCGGUUGCCAACCGUCCCACCAUUGCCAUCCUCUCCUCCACCUCCACCACCACAUUUACAAAUGCAAUCUAAACCUACUGCCACUGCAACAGUAGUCUAG